GUAAUUACUGCAAUAAAAUUUAGGUUAUAUCUUAACCAUAAUUUAAAAUUUUUGUAUUAACAAUAAAAUCGUUCGAAUAAUGCCUCAAGAAUUACAUGUUGUAAAAUGCUACAUGUGCAACACCUUCCAAGUUGAUAUUGUAAAAAAAGUAAAAAACUGGACUUGUAAGAUGUGCGGAGCAAAACAAUCCUUGAUGAAAGUUUAUGCUAAUGGUACAGGAAAGGAAUGUCGUGAACUUGUACAACAUUUAAAUAAAAUUCGACUUGAAGGUGAAAUGAAAACUUGUGAUGACAAUCAAAAAGAAUUUAUGCCUCAAAGUCCAUCCAAAGUUAAUGAAUGGGAUAAACCAGCAUUUGAAGAUGAAUAUCAUGAAGAACACAUUCAAAAAAAGAGAAGGGUAAAUUCUGAGUUUACUAUGCCAAAAAACAUAGAAGAAAAUAAGGCAAAUCUUAAAACUGAAGAGGUAGAUAAUCCAAAUAAAGAGAAAAGCGUUGUUAAUAUCUCGAAAGUAAACAAACUCUUCCAAGAUGAUGUUAAUAUUGAUUCACUUUUCGAUUUUUAAAUAAUUUAAGAAUUUUUGGCCAUUACAAACUUAGUUUAGGAGAUAAUUGUAAGUGAAAGGUUACUUUUAAAAUUAUUGCCUUUAUUUUUUAUUUAAUCACUAUUGCCAUUACAUAAUUACAUCUGUAUGAGCCGUAUCACAUUCGUUGAAAAUGUUAUUAAAAAAAAA